AUGAAUCCACCAAUGAAACUUGCUUCCAAUCACGUGGUUGUUGUGGUCAUGAUACUUGGUCUGUUCUUAUCUGUUGCCACACAUUCGUUUGAAGUCGUUGUGUCUUCCACUAGUGAACCAGUUCAAGUUAACAAAGUCUUGCUGCCCAGCAGUCCUACCUCUGUUCUCACCCAUGACACGUUGCAAACCAAAGCAUCGUAUGCAUCAGCUUGUGACUGCCCAACAUGUACACCAAUAGUUAUGGAGCCAAAAACCUAUGUCUAUCUGAAUGUCUCAUGUCCGUCCAACACCUUUGCCAGAUACAAAAGAAUGAGUGUUGGAAGUACAAAUCCUAAUGACUAUUUUACCACCACUACCAUUGAAACCUCUGAGCAAUAUGCGUUCGAAACUGGAAAUCCCUACAUGUAUUACAUUUAUCUCUCCAAAAAGAACUCAUCUUGCUUUGCUGUAGAAGAUGUCAUUCUUCCAGUCACCAAGACACUCACCUAUGUUCAAUGUAACAAUCUUCUCAAUGCCAAUUGUUCCCUUCUGUUCAAUUACAAUUACGUUUGUAUGAAGGUAAUCGAUUCAGGUCGAUCGUAA